CUUGAACGAUAAACGAGUCGGAAUUCAUGACGAAAGGAAGUUCUUCCGAGAUUGAAGCUCAAUAUCCCCGAGAGAUCGUCACCGCCAAGACAAGUUGCUCUGCUCGGGUGCUUAUACCAAGAGUAAAGGAGAGAAAGAAAGAGAAGAAGAAAGACAGAAAAAAACAAGAAAAGGAAAAAAAUAACCAUAAUUAUAAUAUUUAUAAAUCUAGUGACGUUGAUUGAUUUAUUGAUUGAUUCAUUUCAACCAUGGUGGAAAUACCAUUUGUGUUCAUGGUGUUAUGUGGUGUGUUGACGACUUGGGUGCCCCUUGCGACAGCCUUCAACUUUGACCCCAGGGGCGCCUCCGUGCUGCAGGAGCCCCAUUCGCCUUGGCAGUCCAGGGAAUCCUACUUCGGAUACAGCGUUGCCCUGUAUUCCUCAGGGACACGAGCCGGGAUACUCGUGAGCGCCCCCCGUGCCAACAGUACAGAGUCAGUUUGGACUCCCUCGGAAAUACCCGAACCAGGGGCGCUUUACGUGUGUCCGCUCGAAGGUGGUGCCUCCGUCUGCUCGCAAAUCCUUGUUGAUAAGUCAGGGAACGAAAUAGUAUCUGGAAUCGACCGCUACAAAGACAGAAAGGACUACAGUUGGCUAGGAAUUUCACUCGACCUGCGCGAGAACGGAUAUUCGCAAGUCGUCACGACUUGCGCCCAUCGCUGGAUCAAUCAGUUAUAUCUGCCCAGUGAUGAUUACUUCAUGAACGGCGCGUGUUACUGGGCCGACGUGCAUGACCUUCUACAGCAAGAUUUCCAACCGGAUCUUUGGAAGAAGCUCCUUCCUCUUGUUGAUUAUAAUUACCAGCGCAUAAAGGAUCCAGAAACGGGGCAAAUUGUUUACUAUUAUCAGCUGGGUCAGGUGGGGACCUCAGCCCAUAUCUUGCAAGACGGCAGAUUUGUAUUAGGUGCUCCUGGUGUAAAGCAAUGGGCAGGUACAGUCGCGACGGUACAACGCGGCCAAUUAUGGACAGGAGUCGUCGAUUCAACCGUUCUCACUCCUGUCAAGUCAUAUGACAGUUACUCGUAUUUUGGCUACAGCGUGACGUCUGGGAAAUUCUGGGGCAGCGAGGAGCUCAUAGCGGCGGGGGCGCCCAGGGCGGGUCUGCAGGGCAAGGUAAGCCUUUUAAGCACAAAUGGCGUCUUAAAAUGGGAGGUGUCCGGAACCAUGCUCGGCUCUGGCUUCGGAUCCGUAGUGGCGGCCGGCGACGUCACGGGCGACGGUUGGGCAGAGCUGUUCGUCGGAGCCCCACUCUAUAGCGAUCGAACACCGAAAGGAGGCGCCGCGGAAACAGUGGAGAGAGGAGCGGUGUUCGUGUACAAGCGAGGUGCCGCCGAAGGUCUGGUCCUCCACCGCCACCUAAGGGCCAGUCCCCCUUCCCCUCAAGCCAGGUUCGGGGCCGCCAUCGCAGUCAUCGGGGAUAUCGACCGCGACGGGUUUCAGGACGUGGCAGUGGGCGCACCGUAUGAGGACGACGGAGCGGGCGCUGUGUACAUCUUCAUGGGCGGCCCUGACGGCGUGGGCGGCACCGCGAGCCAGCACCUGAGGGCGCGGGAUUUCGAUCAAGCCCUCAGAGGCUUCGGGGCGGCGUUGUCCAGGGGCGUCGACGUCGAUGGGAAUGGUUACCCAGACCUGGGCGUGGGCGCAUACGCGGGCGGGGGCGGCGCGGUGGUGGUCCGGACGCGCCCCGUGGCCACCGUGGACGGGCGUGUGAGCAGCGACCGAGAGGUCAUCACGGAAGCCGGCCAGGAAUUCACCGCCUCGGCCUGCCUCUCCUUCGCAGGACACAACGUGCAGGAUAAGAUAGAGAUGAAACUGGAAUUAAUAUUAGACGAAGGAAAAGCUGAUCGGGCGUAUUUUCUUGCGUUUGGCACCGGCGUUAUCACGGAGGAGGUGGAGCUUAUGCGUGACGUCACGAAGUGCAUAGAUUACGUCAUCAAAUUAAAGGAUGACCUGAAUAAUUCCACCCAUCCAUUGGAUAUUGUGUUUAAAUUCACCUCUGAUGACCUAGAUCCAGCCUCCCCCUGGUGCCCGAGGUGUGGCGUGGUGGCGCCCUCGUCUCCGGCCGCCCACAGGACCUCCGUUCCGCUUGCUCUGGGCUGCGGCGACGAUGCGGUCUGCACGCCCACGCUCACCCUGGAGGCGGCGUGGGUGGCGGGAGUGACCGACGGACAGUACACCCUUGGCACCGGCGACGGCCUAUACCUCGACGUAGAAGUGGGCGUGGGCGGCGAACCUGCCUACAACGGGUGGGUGGGCGUGACUCUCCCCCCCGGCCUGACCUUCCGCUAUCUCCCCUACAAGUGCGUUGCUUCUGACGCCCACAGCGCCUCCUGCAGGUUGGAUAAUCCCGUCCGGCCGCCCACGCAGAAGCUAACUCUGGUGGCGCAGGAGGAGGCGGGGCAGCUGGGCGGUCAGGAGGGCGUGGUCAAGGUCCUUGUGUCAGCAGGAGCGUCAGGAGCCAAGGAUGAGCAGGAGACUCUGACUCUCGGGCUUGUCAGGGAUGUCAGACUCUUUCUCUCGGGGCAAGCUGAGGAGGAGAGUUUGCACUAUGACCCAGCCUCUUCGUCGCCCCAGGUCACUGUGAGGACAUUUUUCCAGGUGGGGAACCAGGGCGCAACGGCAUCAGCGGAAGUGCCUGUGAACAUUUUUGUUCCCGUGGCGUUCAGUCCUUCGCCAGGUCUUAACUUCACUUUCGGCGAGGUGGUGGAGGUGUCUUCGGCGAUCAGCUGUUCUGACGAGGGCGUGGUGUCCGAUAUGGGCGGCGUUACUGCUGGCGAAGUGUCGAAGCCGCCCUUUGACACGACCCUGAGUGUCACUUGUGCGACACCGGGUUUUCUGUGUCACUCGUUCACCUGCAUGUUCAAGGACACGUAUCAGGUCCAGACUAUCUCUUUGAACACGCGAUAUGACUUUAAACAACUACAGGACAAAUACGGAUCGAAUGCCACCGCCAGCCCACACCUGGGCAGCCAUCUUGUCUUCAGAGCCAGAGACCGUCAGAAGCGGCGUAGCGGACGUGUGGGUGACGGUGGCGCCGCAGGGGUGGAGGCCGCCCGUGCAGCCUGUGCCGCCCACGCCCGCCUGGGUGUACCUCGUGUCCGUGCUGGCGGGCGUGAUCCUUCUCGUGGUCAUUGUUUUCGUUCUGUUUAAGGUGGGCUUCUUCCGGCGCAAGAGGCACCAGGCCGCCCAGGGAGAGGGCAGCGGGCACGAGGAGGGCUCCUUGACCGACACCCUGGACGAGGACUUCAAGUGGCAGGCCGGGGACGAGGCAGAGGAGGGCGGGGAGCCG